AUGACAGAUAAACUCCCAGCAAACCUUUUGGUGCUCUUUGCACCUCGACCACCUCUCCGUUAUCUCCCCCACUGCGAUUAUGCUCCAGAGAAGCGCAGAACCGCUCCGAUCAGUGGCGUUGCGGCGUUUCUUGAAGAGCUCAAGAAACCGGAUCCAAACUAUGUUCCAACCGAGAGCUGGAUGCAACGACGGGACCGACUGAGAGAAGAGAAAAAAGCGGCCUUGGAGAAAAAAACAAAGGAAGGGCUUGAUGCUUACGACCCAGAACAUGACCCGCUUGUCAGAGGUGAUCCUUACAAGACCUUAUUUGUGUCUAGAUUGAGUUACGAAGUCAAGGAAAACGAUCUUGAGCGCGAAUUUGGACGCUUUGGUCCCAUCGAGAGGGUACGUAUUGUGCACGACAAAGAUACAGGCAAGCACAGAGGGUAUGCGUUUAUUGUAUAUGAACGUGAGAAGGACAUGAAGGGUAUUGAAACCGAAGACUCCCCCUAUCCAUUUUAUAUCUCCCCUCCCCUGCCGCAAUUCGCAUCUGCUUACAAAGAAACCGAUGGAAUACGUAUCAAGGAUCGCCGUGUCCUCGUCGAUGUCGAACGCGGCCGUACUGUCAAGGGAUGGAAGCCAAAGCGCCUUGGUGGCGGUCUCGGCGGCCGUGGAUACACCAAAAUUCCUGUAACGCGCCCCACAGGUCCCUCCGGCUUUGGUGGUGACGGACCCCGUGGACCAGGCGGACCAGGCGGCUUCGGAGGCCGUGGCUUUAGAGGUGGCGGAGGUGGUAACUUCCGUGGAGGAUUCCAGGGUGGUCGUGGAGGAGGUGGGUUCACCGGAGGCAACAGAUUCGAGAUCGGAGGCGGUCGUGGCCCCCGAGGCGGUAUCGGUUUCCAAGGCGGCGAUAGAGGUGGUCAGAAUGGCUACAGCGGAGGCGGAGGCGGCGGAUAUCCUGGUGGAGCCGAGGCCCCACCAAAUGCACCAACUGGGCCUGGAGGACGUAGGGGAGGCGGUGGAGGCGGUGGGUAUGGUGGCAGUGACCACAGAGGUAGCGGUGGGUAUCAAGGAUCCGGUGGGUAUGAUCGCAGUGCUGGUAACGACCGUGGUGGCCGUAGCGGUGGCUAUGACCGUGAUGGUGGCAGCAGAGGCGGCGACAGGUAUGGAGGUGACCGCGACGCUGGCGGAGGCAGGUUUGGUGGACACAGAGAUGACCACCGAGGUGGUCAUGGCGACAGGGGCUCCCACGGUGAUAGAGGAUCUCAUGGUGAUAGAGGUUCACACGGUGAUAGGGGCGGUUACGACGACGGCCAUUCGAGAAAGCGCGCCUACGACGGCGCCGGUGAUGGAGGGUAUGGAAGCGGCGAUAGACACAGGAGAAGGUAUCAGUAG